AGGGAAAGACAAUACAAAGAAAACAAACACCGGAAACCAACCCUCUGCCCUCUACCCCCUACCCCCAUCCCAACCCUCACCUCCUUCCUUUGUCCCAUAAGUGCUGCUCGACAUCCCAUUCUCUCACACCUCGCCUCUUUCUCUCUCUCUCUCUCUCUCUGAAUCCACUUUGAUCUUUAACUCUCUCUAGCGUACCGGCUUUUCUUUUCUACCAUGGAGUGCGCUGGGGAUAGCCACGGUACCGACACGAAUCCCGACGGCGGCAACACUCCCCAGCAAGGGUCGUCCCCGUCCCCUGCCGUCGACCGCGCACUCCAGCUCAUCCAAUCUGACGACGCCGACGGCAAGCUCCAGGCAGCCCGCGAGAUCCGGCGGCUCACCAAGACCUCCCACCGCUGCCGCCGCCAGCUCUCCCAGGCUGUAAAGCCGCUCGUGUCCAUGCUCCGAGCAGACUACCCCGGCUUCCACGAGCCCGCUCUCCUCGCCCUUCUCAACCUUGCCGUCAAAGAUGAGAAGAAUAAGAUCAGCAUAGUGGAAGCUGGUGCUUUAGAACCCGUAAUCAGUUUCCUCAAGUCACAGGAUAUAAAUCUACAAGAGUGUGCAACUGCAUCUUUGCUUACUUUGUCUGCUUCGGGCGCCAAUAAGCCGAUUAUAAGUUCCUCUGGUGCCAUUCCUCCACUUGUGGAAAUCCUUGGACAUGGAAGGCCACAAGCCAAGGCUGAUGCUGUAAUGGCCCUUUCCAAUCUCUCAACGCACCCUGAUAAUCCUCAAAUCAUUCUUGAAACAAAACCCAUUCCUUCGAUAGUUAGUUUGCUUAAAACCUGUAAAAAAUCUUCAAAAACUGCUGAAAAAUGCAGUGCUCUUAUAGAAUCUUUAGUUGGGUUUGAUGAGGGCAGGACUGCCUUGACAUCUGAAGAAGGUGGAGUGCUUGCAGUUGUUGAGGUGCUUGAAAAUGGCUCUCUCCAAAGUCGGGAGCAUGCAGUUGGAGCAUUGCUGACAAUGUGUCAGAGUGACCGAUGCAAAUAUAGGGAACCAAUUCUUAGAGAGGGCGUAAUACCUGGACUUCUUGAGCUCACUGUUCAAGGAACACCCAAAUCCCAGUCCAAAGCUCAAAUGCUCUUGCAGUUACUGAGAGACUCUCCAUAUGCAAGAUCUGAGCUUCAAGCUGACACGCUGGAGAAUAUAGUAUGCAACAUAAUCUCCCAAAUUGAUGGAGACGAUCAAUCCGGUAAAGCAAAGAAGAUGCUAGCUGAGAUGGUGCAAGUUAGUAUGGAGCAGAGUUUGAGGCACUUACAGCGAAGGGCUCUAGUAUGCACACCAACUGAUCUGCCUAUUGCUAGUUGUACUUCCGAAGUUCCUUCAAAAUGAUUGUUUUGGUUUUUAAGGCUUUGUCUUUGUGCACAUGGGGUUUGUAAAAUGUAACUUCCCGUAAGAAGAAAAAAUAAAAUAAGGUAUAGUGAGUGAUGCCAGUCCAGGUCGUAUAUGGUGGUACCGGGUGACUGGUAACUGUCAAUAAACUUAAAGCUGUAUGAAGUCUAAAAGCAUAAUUUUGUAGUAGAUUUGUAAAGGAACUUCUGUAUUACUUGUUAUACAGAGAUAGUAAAGUACUUCUUUCACCUCUA